AUGAAGGAAUCUGUAUUUUCACUAUUUCAGGUAUUUCUACUUGUGAUUGGUGUGGUGGGUGUGAUGGUGGCUGCAAUUCCUUGGAUUGGUAUUCCUGUGAUUCCCCUUGGCAUCAUUUUCUUUGUUCUCCGGCGAUAUUUCUUAGAGACGUCACGAGAUGUGAAACGCCUGGAAUGUACGACAUGGAGCCCGUUAUUUUCCCACUUAGCAUCUUCUCUCCGGGGACUCUGGACCAUCCAGGCGUGCAAAGCUGAACAGAAGUUUCAGGAAGUGUUUGACUCACACCAGGACUUGCAUUCAGAGGCUUGGUUCCUGCUUUUGACAACGUGCCGAUGGCUCGCUGUGUAUGUGGAUGUCAUCUGUGCCAUCUUUGUCACUGUUGUUGCUUUUGGGGCCCUGAUUCUGGUAGAAAGUAUGUAUGGAUGUGAAUACUUAUGGUAUGUUAACAGUUUAUAG